GCCACUGACGUCCGGUUGACUGGGAGACGGCGGUACCGGACGCCUCGAGGGACCUGUUGCUUAAUAACGCGUUUUUUUUGCGGGGGGUUAUCCCUGAAGUGUCUUUCGACCAACUCUGUUCCAGGCCUGUCCGCGGCUGACCAUGGCUUCCGGUCACACCGUGCUGAUGCGGUUGGUAGCCUCCGCAUAUUCCAUAGCUCAGAAGGCAGGAACCAUCGUCAGACGUGUGAUCGCCGAAGGGGACCUGGGAAUCGUGGAGAAGACCAGUCCAACGGACCUGCAGACCAAAGCCGACCGACUGGCGCAAAUGAGCAUCUGUUCCUCCUUGGCCCGGAAAUUCCCCAAACUAACAAUCAUAGGGGAAGAGGACCUGCCUUCGGAGGACGUGGAUCAGGAGCUGAUUGAAGACGGCCAGUGGGAAGAAAUACUCAGGAAGCCAUGCCCGGCCCAGUACAGCGCGAUCAAAGAGGAAGAUCUCGUGGUCUGGGUCGAUCCUCUGGAUGGCACCAAGGAGUACACGGAAGGUCUUCUUGACAAUGUAACAGUUCUUAUUGGAAUUGCUUAUGAAGGGAAAGCCAUAGCAGGAGUUAUUAACCAGCCAUAUUACAACUACCAGGCAGGCCCGGGCGCUGCGCUGGGAAGGACAAUCUGGGGCGUUCUAGGUUUGGGUGCUUUUGGGUUCCAGCUGAAAGAAGUGCCCGCUGGGAAGCACAUCAUCACCACCACCCGAUCCCACAGCAACAAGCUGGUCACCGACUGCGUCACUGCCAUGAACCCCGACGACGUGCUGCGCGUGGGCGGGGCAGGAAAUAAGAUCAUUCAGCUGAUUGAAGGCAAAGCCUCCGCUUAUGUGUUUGCAAGUCCUGGCUGUAAGAAGUGGGACACUUGUGCUCCGGAAGUCAUUCUACACGCCUUGGGAGGCAAGUUAACCGACGUCCAUGGCAAUGCCCUUCAGUACGACAAGGAAGUGAAGCACAUGAACUCCGCCGGGGUCCUGGCCUCGCUGAGGAACCAUGACUACUAUGCCAGCCGCGUUCCCGAAUCUGUUAAAAACGCGCUUGUUCCUUAAGGCACGUCUCGUUGCCUUAGCUAGGGGGACAGCUGCGGAGGAGAGGGAGGAGAGAGGACUGCGUUCCCGAAGUCUCAGCCUUGGAUGAGGAUGUCCUGGAAGUUGAUCCUGACGCUAAGGAAAUGCUGACACCCUUGGACUUGGGCAGUCUGUCCAGCCUGCAGGUCAUUCAGCCGACCAUUAGGAUGAAUUUCAAGACACCACGUGGAGCCGUUGGACUCUGUCUGCUGUGCUGCAAUAUUAUCAAUAAAUCACAGACAACCUAAAAACAUGCACUCAUUCUUUAAGGGAACAUUUCAUUUACUUAGCUAGGAGAAGGACUUGCUUCUCAAAAUCAUACAGUUUAAGACUCAUUGGGUGUAAUCAGAGCUCCACCUUUAUUCUGCAUUGAUCAGUGAUCUGUUUUAGGAGUAGACAAUAGGUUUUAAGAACUUGAUGAUUAAUUCAUCAACCAGACCAAUUUUAGCAUCUGGAGAAUCUAUAAAGUCUGUCUGUGACAUUUCUGUCCCUCCUUUUAUUGGGAGAAGUAAAAGAGAAGUUUAGUUCCAAUUGACUAUCCUUGUCAGUUGUUUAAUCAACAUUCCUAUUGUAUGAACCAGAUUUUUUUAGGGCACAGAAGCACAAGUUGUUACCUGAAUCUCAUUCUUGUUUUCACAGUAAUUUUUAAAAUUUUCCAGUUACGAAUAUACUAAAAUAUUAUGUGUGUUGAUGAAACAGAUUUAUGGAAAAAAUGGCUUCUUUAUAAUAAAUUAUUUCAUUCUAACUGGUCUCUGUCCAGUGCUUUUAUUAUUUUUUUAAAUUUAAAUUACAGUUGACAUACAAUUUUAUUUUAGUUUCAGAUGUACAACAUAGUGAUUAGACAUUUAUAUAACUUAGAAAA